AUGUCUGGGAUCGUCGGUGUCUUUGACCUAGACAGGAGCUCCACCUCCCAGGCAGAUUUCCAAGUAUCCACCGGAAAAGUUACCGUAACCAACCAUCUUCUUCCUCCUCUCCAUUCAAUCGCCGGUAACGUCGCAUCUGCGGAAAUAUCAGCCGAUCAGCAUCGACCAAGGAAAUCCAAUAUUCCCGAGUUGAAAACUACCGCCGUUCGCGAGUCGACUCUGGUUGUCAUGCCGGCAGGCCGUCACUUGAUAUGCCACGUGAACCACGCUCCUUGCAAGAAGCCCGACCGCAGUUGCAACAGUACCGAUGGCAACAGCAGCGGCGGCACCUCGUGCGACUCUCUCUGCCUUGGCGAAAUGGUGUGCGACUAUCUCGAGAACGAGUGCGACGCCUGCGAUCCGUGCGAUGCCUGUGACGUUGCGUGCGACGUUGACGUCGCCUGCGACAACACUACUAGUGAUGACGACCGCGGGUGUUGCGGGACCUGGCAGACAUGGAAAGCGGCAGCAGGAGCAGCAGGAGCAGCAGGAGCAGCAGGGGCAGCAGCACCAGCAGCUGUUGUGCCGAGACAGGUUUCAGAGUCUCUGUCGUUUGCAGCAUCAAACAGCCUCGAACGGCUCGUUUCAUUAGUUGAGACCCUCAGCUGCUGUGAGACGCCAGAGGAGUACGCAGUGCUUGAGAUCGUCUCUGCUGCCUUCAAGCACUCUGACACCACACCUCUUGACGUUAGCAUAAGAAGCAGCAGGAGCAUACGCAAUACGGUGGUACAGCAGCUGCAGGCGCGGGGGUACGAUGCUGCAGUGUGCCAUGCCCACUGGAAGUGCUUCAAAGGCUUUCCUCAUGGUUGCCAUGACUUCUGUGACGUCAUUCUUCAGCCAUCCACCCCCAACCGUCUGCCCACCCGUUUAAUAAUCGACCCCGAUUUCCGGGCACAGUUUCAAAUCGCCCAUCGCACACCGCACUACAACUACAUCCUCCAGCUGACCCCACUUUUUUUUGUGGGCUGCCCGGACCGGCUGCACCAGCUGGUGAAAGUUUUGUGCGAGGCGGUGUGGCUGUCGAUGCACGCACAGGGAUUGCAUGUGCCCCCGUGGCGCAGGCACCAAUACGUGGCUGCCAAGUGGACUGCUGCUUAUUCCCACCGCGUUGCCCGCACGACGCGCACGUACUCUAGCGAAGACGCGGAGCCGCAGGGAGAUAAGCAGGAGCUGAUCGUGUACUACUGCAAGCAAUGCGGCGCCCAUGUCCUUAUAACAGACAGUCAGCUGUCGGAGCUGCCGCGGCGCAGGACGGAUGGGGCGAUGGUGAUGGAGAAAGCGAAGCACCUCAUGCGCCUUAAUGUCGUGGAGACGGGCAAGCAGCUUCUCAAACGAGGGGAGGGCAAGGUGGAGAGGCAGUACCGCAUGGGGUGUGGCGAGUGCGGGGUGAUGGUGGCGUAUCGGAGCGAGGAGAGCAUGGAGGGCGCCAAGUUUGUCUACAUUCCUGCUGAUGCCCUUACUGAUGCCACUGCCGACACCAAGCCUAAGGAUGCGCCGGUACCCCCUUGCAUUCAGGAGCUGGACAGCGGGCUGGUGCAGGUGGCAAUAGAGGUGGAGGACCGGGCUCAACGCUCUGCUGUUCUUCGCAUUAACGCAGAUGAUGUGCGAGUGGCGGUGACAGCAGCGGCACACAGGGGCAACGAGGCGAGUGCAGAGUUGAUGGAGUUCCUAGCUAAGACGCUCGGGCUGCGCUUGGUGCAGCUGAGACUGCAGCGGGGGUGGUCAUCUAAGUCCAAGAUGCUCAUGGUUGAAGACCUAACAGCUAGACAGGUUCUAUCUGCAGAACAUAGUGACUCGAUGGAUCGGCGGGGUUUACGAGCAGCCAUUUUCAUAGCAGCCGCUGUUUCGUUGUUAACUUCUGUCUCGGCAAGCGCUGGCGAUACGGAUCCGACAUUCCAGACGUGCCUGGUUGACUGCCAGAAAACAGGAUGCGUGGCCGACCACUGCAUUCCGGGCUGCCCGCCUGCAGCUAAUUCUGACGGAUUGGUGACGGCUCCGUUAGAGCUCCGUCUGCUGCGGUGGGACUGCGAGAACGAGUGCAAGUACCAGUGCAUGCGCGAUAUUCAAAUGCCCGGGGUGCCUCAAGUUCAGUACUACGGCAAAUGGCCCUUCAUCCGCGUUUUUGGCUUCCAGGAAAUCGCGUCCUCCGCCUUCUCCAUCCUCAACUUCCUCGCCACGCUCUAUGGCCUCUACUCCUUCCUGUGCCUCGUGUAUGUGAAGCUGCCCCGCAAGCCAAUGGGCAACAAGGGCCCGCUAUACGAGUACUCCACGCUCAUGGCCAUCUACGGGCUCUUCGCCCUCAACUCCUGGCUCUGGAGCGCCAUCUUCCACGCUAGGGACGUCUGGGCGACACAAUCUGGAGAUUACACAUCAGCCAUUGCCCUUAUCGGCAUGUCACUGCUCGUCUGCAUCAUCCGCAUCAGCAGCCUGAGGGAGGAGGCCACACGGGUCAUGGUGGCAGCGCCUGUGAUUGCGUUCACCACCACUCACAUAUUCUACAUGAACUUCUACACCUUUGACUUUGAUUGGAACAUGGUAGUGUGCACUGCCAUGGGGGUCACACAGCUGCUCCUCUGGACCAUCUGGGCCAUAGCCAGCCGGCACCCGUCUGCCUGGAAGGUUCUCUUUGUUUCGGGCGGCACAGCCUUUUCCUUGCUGCUCGAGCUCUACGAUUUCCCACCGAUUCUGGGCCUGUUUGACGCGCACUCGCUGUGGCAUGCGGCCACUGUGCCGUUCACGCUCGUGUGGUGGAGCUUCCUGUGUGACGAUGCAAACUAUCGCACGCAGAUUCUGCUCGCGACGAAGAGGGCGGGGGGAGAAUCGAAGAAGGUGAAAUAG